GUGCGGGUCGGGAUAUGGGCGACGAGAGCGGGAGCGUUGGCGAGGGGGUGAUGGGGACUGGGAGGGCGGACGCGCAUGCCGCGGCUGCUGGGGAUGAGAAUCGGGAUGCGCCAGGGUGCGAGGAUUGUGUGCGGCGCGUGGAUCUGGAGAACGGUGUUUGGCGGGCUGCUGAGAAUGGGCGGUGGAUCUUGACUUCUCGGCCAGGACGUCUUCGCGGUGCUGGAGGAGCUCGUUUAGAAUCGGGUGGGACGGGGUGUCUUCUGUGGUUGCGGUGAGGAGGGUUGCGAUGUCGUAGUUGACUUUGUCGAGCAGUGGUUUGCCUUGGGGGGUUUUGCGCAGGAGCGUAGCGAUACGGGCGAUGAUGUUGAAUGCUAUGAUGCGGUUUUCGCGCGCUUGGGCAGGCAUGGUGGAAUACCCAAGUACAGGCUGGGCUGUAGACGGCGGUUAAGAAGGCUGAGGGUGAUGAUGGCAGUCAUCAUGGCGAUGGACGUUGUUUGGCAAACAGUGAAGAAGGAUAUGGGGGAUGAGUGUGAUUCCACCAGCGCAUGCGGACCUCCUCUCCCACGCUCCGCAUCCGGUCCCGCAGACACCCGUCCAAGACCCAAUAUCAACGCCCCAGUCGACCCCAACGACCUCGCCCGCCGCCUCGAAGUCGCACGCCUCGAGGCCGUCGCCACAGAGCUCCGACACCGCCAAACCCGCUCCUCCGACGCCACCUCCAAACAACAACCCACAGGCGUCCACUUCAAAGUCACCUCGCAAGACGUCAAACACCACGUCCUCCUCCACGCCCUCCCGGACCCCAUAGCCCACACCCGCCGUCCACGCCACACAUCCAAACCACCACCCCUCCCCCUACCCACCACCAACCCAGAAGCCCUCAUCCAAGACCUCGCCGCCUUCCAACGCAAAGACAUCCCCAGCCCGCAAAUCACCCCAAUGACAACCUCCUUCCCCCACCUCCACCCCCAAACCCAAACCCGCCCCCGCUCAAAAUCAAAACCAAAGCCCAAACCAACCUUCCUCUCCCCCUAUCCCACCACAGCCACGGCAACAACACCAUCAACCCUCCCCACACCCCCCCUCUCCCCCCAACCCGCAACCCUCUCAAUGUUCCCCACCGCCCUCCGCGCCAGCCCCUUCUCCUCCUCCAUCCGCCGCCCCCGCUCCGCCCCCCUCGAAAGCAUCCCCAUCUCAGACUUCUCCCGCUUCCACCUCCUCCUCCACCCCCUCCUCCCCGCCGCCCCCGACCCCACCGCCUCGUCCCCCGUCAUCCCACGCGGCUCGCUCGAUCUCGGCCGUCCCUCGUCAUCCGCAUCCGUAUCCUCAUCACUAACGACGAAAACACACCUCGGACUACCGCGGAUGCGCACGCGAACACGGGCUUUCUCGUCGCUUUCGGGGCGCGCGAGGCCGGGCACGGCGCCACAUGCGGAGCGUCGGGAUGGGGAGGGGAAGAGGGGGGAGAAGGAGGAUAUGACGCCUGAGUGUCGGGCGUUGCUGGCGGAGCAGGAGCGGUGUUUGGCGGAUUUGCGGCGGCUGCGGCGGGGGGCGGGGGCGAAGCGGGGGAAGGAAGUGGGGGUUGAAGGCGGGGAGGGAAGAGAUGUAGAGGGAGAAAAGGGGUUGGGGAAGAAGGAGGGGAAGGAGGGGGAGAUGCCGUGGUUGGAGAAGCAGCCGGGGCGGCGGUCGGGGUGGGGAUGGCGGAGGUGGAAGUGUUUGCUGUUUUCGGGGGCACGGACGAGGUAG